AAAGGAUAUCAACAUAUCAUAAGUACCAACCAUGGCCAAGAACCAUCUCCUCCUCAUCCUCCUUGUGGCUGCCUCUGUUGUGGCCUCUCCAGCCACCGUCACCUCGAGCAGCUCCCCCUCUUCAACAGCAUAUGAGCUGCUAGAGAAGUACGGCUUCCCGCGAGGAAUCCUCCCGGAGGGUGUUCAAGACUAUUUCCUCCACCCAGACGGAUCCUUUGAGGUCUCCCUCCACGGCGGUUGUGAGAUCAAUGUCGGGGGAUUCACUCUCCGGUACGAAGGAAAUGUGCAUGGCAACAUCCAGUCUAUGUUGAUUAACGCGUUGACCGGGGUGAGCGUCAAGGUUGCAUUCCAAUGGAUUAGCAUCAAUGCAGUUGAACGGCAUGGUGAUCAGCUCGUCUUCAAUGCAGCCGUUAUAUCAAAAUCGUUUCAUGUUAACAACUUCUCCGUGAGCCCGCGCUGCAGCCGAAUCCCUGGAAUUGCAAAGUAGAUUAAUGGGUUAGCAACAAAAACAAUUGCUUCUUGAUUUUGUUAGAUCAACGGGCUCAAUUGUUACUUUAUUCUUGUGGUUUUGUCUAUUGUGACUUGUUAUGUGUAUUUUGCUUCAAAAUUAUUAUCAAUAAAAUCACAAAUCUU